CUCCCGGAAGUCGCUCAGGGGAGCGAAAUUUGAAGCGAAGGGCGACAGGAGUCUUCGCCCGGAAAGCCGGACAGGUUGCGGUUUCCUGGGCUACCUGGGCCCCUGGAGACCAGUCCUCAUGCCUAUCCGCGCGCUGUGCACCAUCUGCUCCGACUUCUUCGACCACUCCCGCGACGUGGCCGCCAUCCACUGCGGCCACACCUUCCACCUGCAGUGCCUAAUUCAGUGGUUUGAAACAGCACCAAGUCGGACCUGCCCACAGUGCCGAAUCCAGGUUGGCAGGAAGACCAUUAUCCACAAGCUCUUCUUUGACCUUGCCCAGGACGAGGAGAGUGUGUUAGAUGCAGAAUUCUUAAAGAACGAACUGGAUAAUACCAGAGCUCAGCUUUCCCAGAAAGAGAGGGAGAAACGGGAGAGCCAGGCCAUCAUCGACUCUCUGCGGGACACACUGGAAGAGCGCAAUGCCACUGUGGAGUCUCUGCAGAAGGCCUUGGACAAGGCUGAGAUGCUGUGCUCCACCCUAAAGAAGCAGAUGAAGUACUUGGAGCAGCAGCAGGACGAGAGCAAACAGGCGCGGGAGGAGGCCCGCCGGCUCAGGGGCAAAAUGAAGACCUUGGAGCGGAUUGAGCUCCUGCUGCAGAGCCAGCGGCCCGAGGUGGAGGAGAUGAUCCGGGACAUGGGUGUGGGGCAGUCAGCGGUGGAGCAGCUGGCUGUGUACUGUGUGUCCCUCAAGAAAGAAUAUGAGAAUCUCAAAGAGUCACGGAAGGCCUCGGGAGAGCUAGCCGACAAGCUGAAGAAGGACUUGUUUUCUUCCAGAAGCAAGUUGCAGACAGCCUACUCUGAACUAGACCAGGUCAACCUGGAGCUGAGGUCGGCCCAGAAGGACUUACAGGCUGCUGACAAGGAAAUCGUGAGCCUGAAAAGAAAGCUGACAGUGCUACAGGAAACCCUGAACCUGCCGCCAGUGGCCAGCGAGACUGUCAACCGCCUGGUUUUAGAGAGCCCAGCCCCUCUGGAGAUGCUGAACCUGAAGCUUCGCCGGCCAGCCUUCAGUGACGAUAUUGACCUCAAUGUCACCUUUGAUGUGAACACGCCCCCAGCCCAGCCCUCCAGCAGCCAGCACGGCCACUCCAAGAAGCUCCGCCCAGAGGAGGCACCGUCUCCCAUUCAGGAUGCUCCCAGGAAGGCAGCCAAAGGCUCCAAGCAGGAGCCCCAGCUCUCGCUGGGCUGCCGGCUCCGUGUGGGAGAGCCAGGUGGCGAGCCGGCUGGCGCCUUCCCUCUCUUCAUCCGGAACACCGUCCUCGGCCAGAAGCAGCCCAAGAGGGCCAGGGCAGAGCCCUAUCGCAGCACAGAUGUGGUAAGGACAGGCUUUGAUGGGCUCGGAGGCCGGACAAAAUUCAUCCAGCCUGCUGACGUGACUGUGAUCCGCCCACUGUCCGUCAAGCCCAAGGCCAAGGCUAAGCAGAGAGCGGGGGCGAAGUCUGUGCUGCCUCCCUCCCAGACCAAGCUGGACACCUUCCUGUGGUAGUGAAGACAGGCCGCCUGCGGGGCUGGUGGGACCAGCUUGCUGUCCCUCCGGCAGUUUGCUCCUCGUUCCAGGCUUGCUGCAGCCACGACCAGACGGGUGGGCUGCCGGCCGGCCAGAACGGAGCCUUCCCUUGACUCUCCGGACCAGAGUGCUGGGGCUCUGCGGGCAGCUUCUGCCUCUUCUGCCUUGCUGCCGGGCAUGGCCUGGGCCAAGCAGGGCAGGGAAUGAGGGUGAUGGGGGAAGAUUUCUAUGUAAAAUA